AUGAUGUUGCUUGUGAAAAUUCUUGCAUUCAUUUUAGCCCUGUGCUUCGGGCAAUUUGCUGACUGUGCAAGUACAAUAGGUACAUCAUCGAGUAAUGGAACAAGCCAAUGUGGCACAGAUGUUGGAACUGCGGCUGCAAGUACAAUUGCAACGACCAGCGUGUCGUUGAGUGAUGGAACGGACGUGGGAACGCGGGGGAAGCGUAAUUUGUACGACUCUCGCGCCACUGGUAGUGCCGCGAAAAACACACUGUUCGAUGACAUGCGCAGAAAAUUUAAACCCAAGGUGCACGUCAAGAAUCCACGACCUGUACAGAGGAAGUCACAUGGUGGAACAGCGCAGAACAAGCUGAAGGAAUGUUGUCAGAAAUUGAAACGUUGUAAAAUGGGGAGAAGAGCAUGGUCAAUACUUAUAGUAGUCGCCACAGUCUUGUAUCCAGUAUUGCAUUCCGUAUUAGAAUCAAGUACGUUUUAUGUGUUUGGGACUGAAACCUCCAUUUUGAGUUUCUUCGCCAUGUCUUUACUUUCCAUACUCAUUGCAAUUAUCUAUUGCUGCGUGCUAGUACGUUUCCUCCGCUCCAAAACAGCGAAAUGUUUAUUUGAUAAAUUUUGGAAGAAGCAGAAAACUGCAACAGAAACGGAAAAAAACGAAUCACAAGGCGAGAAUAAGCCCGAAGCACCCAAAGAAGCGGAAGCACCUAAGAAACCAGAAAUGCCAAAGAAAACAGAAGUACCUGAGAAGCAGGGAGCAUCUGCAAAAUUAGAUGCACCUAAGAAACAGGAAGCGCCUAAUAAACCGGAAGCACCUAAGAAACAGGAAACACCUAAGAAACAGGAAACACCUAAGAAACAGGAAACACCUAAGAAACCGGAAACACGUAAGAAACAGGAAGCAGCUGAGAAGCAAAAAGCACCGGGGAAGCUGAAACUACCGUGGUCACUGAAAUUACCUAAAAAACCAUAA